CUAUGGAUUUCUAGCUUAAUUUGCAGCCACAAAGCAUCCGCCCGCAACUCGGAACCCGCCACGUGUCAAUUCUCUUCCUAGAUCCUCGAGAAUCCCAUUCUGCUGCGCUUCCCCUCUCCACCUUCCCAACUUCCAGCCGAAGGUAGUCGCCGGAGGAAUCUCCCCAUUCUUGCUCCCUCCCUCCUUUCCUUCCCCACUUUCCCCCCAUCCAUCUCUCUCCCUCCGGCCAGCCACGACGGAGGCGGCCGCCGGUGAACCGCAAAACCGACCCUGCACCCACUUGGAGCAAUUAAAUUAAACUCCACGAAAGCAAACCCUUUUGCGUUAAUUAUCUGGUUUCAGUUUACUCCAAUUCCCAAUAAUGGAUAAUCCAAUCCCGGAAUCGAAUAAUGCCUUUGCGCUCCCUUUAUCCUCUCCCCCAACCCCAAAUUCCUCCUACGACUACAAGCUUUUAUUAGAUUAGAUGUCUCGUGGCUUCCCGCCGAUUCCCAACCCUUGCUGCUGCUGUUCAUUCGUCCCCGCCCCUUCUUCUUCUUCUGCUCCUUUUUGUUGUCCCACAAGUUCCCUGGCAUCGGAUUCGCUGCUGAUACUGUCAUCCCCCAAUCGCCAUCCCGCCUCUGCCUCUGGAACAUGUCUAUUUAACUCCACCAUGCGCUUCCCCAGGAACCCGGCCGUUGCCUUUUGCCUCUCCAUCUUCUUCUCUCCCAACCUCUCUCGCCCUGCUUCUCCCUUCUUGUCCUCCUCACGGAGCGCCUGCACCAGCCGCCGAUACUCUCUCGGGAAGAAGAAAUCGUUUCACUCCUCAGGUGUUACUACUUGGAGCGUGUUCUUGGAAGGUAUCUUAAGAGUUGGAACAUAAAUCCUGCUGCAACUUUCACUGUGUUUGCUCUCUUUUGAUUGACAUUUGCAGGGGCUAUUCUACCACACGCUAGCUACACCAUGGAUGAGGUUCACAGGACUGUUGAAGGCAAUGAUGGAACGUCAAAAGAACCACAUAUAUGGGCCUCGCCUGAAGGAGGUCGUGAUAUUGAAAUUGCAAAGCAGAUCUUUUGCAACCGAUCAUUGAAUAUGAGGAACAUCGUGGCUGUUGGUUUUGAUAUGGAUUACACAUUGGCACAAUACAAACCCGAAACCUUUGAGUCGCUUGCAUAUGAAGGCACUAUCAGAAAGUUGGUAUAUGAUCUUGGUUAUCCUCCAGAGCUGCUGCAUUGGACGUUUGAUUGGACUUACAUGGUUAGAGGCUUGGUUCUUGAUAAGAAAAGAGGGAACAUCUUAAAAAUGGAUCGCCACAAGUAUGUGAAAGUGGCUUACCAUGGCUUUCGAGAGAUGUCCAAGGAAGAAAAAGUUGGCACUUAUGGGAGUACUUUGAUACGAGAUUCUUUCGAUGAACCAGAUUAUGCUCUCAUUGAUACUCUAUUUUCAUUAGCUGAAGCCUACUUGUUUGCUCAGCUUGUGGACUUUAAGGACAAGAAUCCCGGAAAAGUUCCUCAAGGAGCUGAUUAUGCUCGUAUGUAUAAAGAUGUUCGAGCUGCCGUUGAUUUGUGUCAUCGUGAUGGAACUUUGAAGCAAAUGGUUGCCGAAGAUCCAAAGAGAUACAUUAAUGAGGACACAUCUAUAGUUCCAAUGCUCAAGAUGCUUAGAGAUUCUGGACGUGCUACAUUCUUGGUGACAAAUAGCUUAUGGGACUAUACAAAUAUCGUGAUGAAUUUUCUUUGUGGAGGUCGUACAAUGCAUGGUAGUGACCCUUGCAAUUUUGAAUGGCUAAAGUACUUCGAUGUUGUUGUCACUGGCAGUGCAAAACCUGGGUUUUUCCAUGAAGAUAAUCGUGCUGGUCUGUUUGAGGUUGAACCUGAAAGUGGGAUGCUACUGAACACUGAUAAUGGAACUCCUAUGCCGCAGGUUAGUGAAUUAGCUUCAUACUGUUGUUUUCAAAUAGAAAUACUCAUCCUAGUACUGAUGCAGGGAGGAAGUGUUGGUCAUCUUCACAAGUUGCUAUCAAUUGAGUCAAGCUCUCAGGUUCUUUAUGUUGGUGACCAUAUUUAUGGAGAUAUUCUACGCAGCAAAAAAGUUUUAGGUUGGAGAACAAUGCUUGUUGUUCCCGAACUUGAGAGGGAGGUUGAACUUCUUUGGCAAUUAAGGGAUACACGCAGGCAACUUAGGUUGUUAAGGAAUGAACGUGAUCAUAUUGAAGAUGAAGUUCAUCACUUAAAAUGGUCUCUCAAUGUUUCUUGCCUUCUUUCUAUUGCUUUGCUUCAUCUAAGUUGUUUUUCUUCAAAUAAACAGGCUGAAAGAGAUAAAGUGAGAAUCACUCACCAACAGGCUCAACGGGAGUGUCACCAAAAGUUCCACAAAGUAUGGGGACAACUUAUGAAGACCGGGUAUCAGAACUCUCGGUUCGCCCACCAGGUUGAGAGAUUUGCUUGCCUGUACACUAGCCAAGUAUCGAAUAUAAGCUUGUACUCGCCGGAUAAGUACUACCGACCCAGCGAAGACUUCAUGCCCCACGAGUUUGGUAUUCUUCCACUCUGAAUGCUUAAGGAGAGCAUUGCAGGGAAAGAAAGAAAGGCUUCUUUUAAGGUUUUAGGUUCUUGAAAAGGGUUAAUAAUUUGAACACAAGGGGUUCGUUUUGUUUCCUUCUGUUUCUUUUGACAAUGCUCCCACCCUGUCUAGUUUGAUUCAAUGUCAGAAGGUUCCUUCUUUUGUCUCACGUCAACUCGAGACUUUGCUUUUUAUGAAUGUUAUAAUUAGAAGCGCACAGGCCAUCAAUCUGAUUGCUCGUAGUCAUUAUUGUGUGCUUGCUUGCUUGCACAAGGCAAAAGGCUUCUGAGUUCUGUCUCGUAUUAAACAA